UUUAUAAAUUAUUGUAUUGUGAAUUUUCAGGUUCCGAGGACAUUUGCAAGAUCACAUCAGUCGAUAUCACGCCUUGCCAGCAAGAUAAGCAUAAGAAUAAAUGCGCCAUCCGGAGAAAGACCAACGCUACUAUGGCUUUUGACUUCACACCAAAUUUCGAUGCUUCGGGUCUAGAAUCAGCAAUCUACUGGGCUAGCAAAACCGGAGACCUGCCUUUCCCGGGUAUGGACAAAAACGGCUGCACCUACACGUCGUGCCCCGUCACCGCCGGCACGUCGCAGACCAUGACCUAUGGGCUGCAACUUGGAAGGAAGCUGCCUCUCGGUAAUUUCCUGCUGAAGAUUAAGCUCAAAGAUUCUGCCAACGAGAACAACUUAUGCUGUUUCAAAACCACAAUACAGAUCAAACGUGGAGACGUUGCGAACAUGAGAUAUUUUGUGCUGCUCCUCUCUGUAGCCCUGGUGGUGGCUGAGCCUGAAUAUGUCACCAGGAAACUGUGCAAGGACGUGGAUGCCUCCCAAUGCAGCUUGCACAGUGUCAUCGUAGACCCGUGCCCUCAAGGACCAAACUUUUGCGUUAUGAAGAGGAACAAAAGUUACGGAGUAACAUUAGAUAUGACACCACAUUUCUCGGCCCAAAAGCUGAAGCUUUCAAUAACAAGUGACGUGGAUAACAGCGGAAACUUUACCACUGUCAUCAAGUCACCCGGCGACGCCUGCGGCUUGCUGUACUGUCCUCUAGAGGAUGAGCAGAGAAGGAUCUUCGACGUGUACCUUAUGUUGGAUAAGAGGGCAUCGGGAAAAUUCCCAGUUAAGGUGAAGCUGUGGAACGACGAGGACCAGUCCCAAGCCUGCUGCGUGACCUUCAACGUUAAAGUUAAAUAG